AUGGCAACAGUCACUCAAUACACACAGGUAGAACUACUGACUCUGCAUGGACCGGAGUUUCGUCGAGUGUCCACUGCCCCGCCCCGACUACCUACCGAAGAUGAGAUCCCAAUCAUCGAUCUAAGCACCAUUGAUAACGGCUUUGAAGCGAGGAAAGCUAUCGCAUCCCAAGUUAAAGCUGCGGCUGAGAGUACGGGAUUCUUUUAUAUUAAGAAUCAUGGGAUCUCGGAAGAGCUACUGGAUCGCGCUCUCUCCACAGCUCAGGCUUUCUUCAGUCAAUCGAUCGAGCAGAAAGAAUUGGUCUCGAAUAAGAAGUCCAAGCAUGCGGAUGGCUUCCAUGGUGUUGGAAGUACGCAGGGCAUGAUGGCCGAAUUUCAAAUUAACAUGUGUCAUUCAGAUCGCAAGGAGACCUUUUCACUGCGUUAUAAUCCCAUGAAUGACCCAACAAUGUCCAACCCGGAAACCCUUCUCUCCGAUCCAAGCUAUUCUUACGGAAACGACGAGUUCUUAUGGGAGGGAACUUCGCACAUCCCAGGAUUCCGAGAAACAACCAUUGAAUUCUGGCAGCGACGCCUAGCUCUCGCCCGCAAAAUGAUCCGCAUCUUCGCCCUAGCUCUCGACAUGCCCGAGGACUACUUCGACUCCGUAACAACAAACCCCGGCGCCGACGGACUAUACGUCCACUACCCCGGAUCCCCAGAGACACUCUCCGAGGACACCGAGACAGACGUCGGAAUCGGCUCGCAUACCGAUAUUCAAUGUGUCACGCUGCUCUGGCAGGACAUGUCCGGCGGGCUACAGGUUCUCUCUGCGAGCGAUGAGUGGCUAGAUGCGAGACCUAUACCCGGGACUUUAGUGGUGAAUAUCGGGGACUUUUUACAGCGUCUUUCAAAUAAUCGGUUCAAGUCGACGGUGCAUCGAGUGUAUAAUCGGCAGACUACGUCUCGGUAUUCGAUGCCGUUUUUCUUGGGAUUCAAUCCUGAUUCGGUGUGUCAGGUUGUGCCGUCGUGCAUUGAUAAGGAUCAUCCUGCUCUGUACGAGCCUAUUUCUUGUGGAAAGUGGCAUCGGAAUCGUCUUGCACUGUCACAGGGGAAACCUAUUACUGCAUGA